CUCCAAAAUAUUAUAGAAAACACCACGCUGCUCUCUUACGACUCGGGUUCUUUUCCUUUGCGAAUCUUCCUCGCCUGCCACACGAUCCCAUUCGCGUUAUAACAUAGAUCUAGACGGACUUUAUCCUGCAGCAUUCAUUGACUUGGAUAGUCUCUCAUCCGUUCUUUUCGCCGCCUUGUAAAGACAGUUCUGUCUUCAAAGACCUCUCUUGACCUGGUCAACUUCCCUGCCUCGAACUGGAAACUAUACCCAGACAACCCCAACAACAAGAUGUGUGCAGACAUUAACGUCGACGUUCUCGUUAUCGGUGCUGGCCCUACGGGUCUAGGUGCUGCGAAGCGCCUCCACCAGCUGAACGGCCCUUCAUGGCUGAUCAUUGACUCCAACGAGAAGGCUGGUGGUCUUGCCUCUACAGACGUCACUCCUGAGGGCUUCCUCUACGACGUUGGUGGCCACGUCAUUUUCUCUCACUACAAGUACUUCGACGACUGCAUCGACGAGGCUCUCCCUAAGGAAGAUGACUGGUAUACUCACCAGCGUAUCUCCUAUGUCCGCUACAAGGGCCUCUGGGUUCCUUACCCCUUCCAGAACAACAUCUCCAUGCUGCCUAAGGAGGAUCAGGUCGAAGCUCUCGACGGCUUGAUCGACGCUGCCCUCGAGGUUCGCGUCUCAAACACGAAGCCCAAGGACUUCGACGAGUGGAUCAUGCGCAUGACUGGUUCCGGUAUUGCCAACAUGUUCAUGAGGCCCUACAACUACAAGGUCUGGGCCGUUCCCACCACCAAGAUGCAAUGCCAAUGGCUGGGUGAGCGUGUCGCUGCCCCUGACGUCAAGAACGUGGUGAAGAAUGUCGUUCUUAACAAGGUUGCCGGAAACUGGGGCCCCAACGCCACAUUCCGCUUCCCUGCCCGUGAUGGCACUGGUGGUAUCUGGAUCGCUGUCGCAAACACUCUCCCUGACGAGAAGAAGCGCUUCGGUAAGAAGGGUGAGGUCACCAAGGUCGACGCCAACAAGAAGGUCGUUACCCUCAAGGAUGGUACUACUAUCGGCUAUGAUAAGCUUAUCUCCACCAUGAACGUCGAUCAACUAGUCGAGUCUAUGGGCAACCAGGAGCUAGUUACCUUAAGCAAGGGCCUAUUCUACUCUUCUACUCACGUCAUCGGCGUUGGUCUCCGAGGUGCGCGACCAGAGCGUAUUGGCGACAAGUGCUGGCUAUACUUCCCUGAGGACAACUGCCCCUUCUACCGCGCCACCAUCUUCUCCAACUACUCGCCUUACAACCAGCCCGAGGCUAAUGUCAAGCUCCCCACCAUCCAAAUCGCCAACGGCAGCAAGCCUACGAGCACAGAGCCCAAGGAAGGACCCUACUGGUCUAUCAUGCUUGAGGUCUCGCAAUCGUCCCUGAAGCCCGUCGACGAGGCGAACCUGCUCAAGGACUGCAUCCAGGGACUGAUCAACACCGAGAUGAUCAAGCCUGAAGACGAGAUUGUCUCCACCUACCACCGCAAGUUCGACCACGGUUACCCCACACCUACUCUUGAGCGUGAGGGUGUCCUGAAGCAGCUUCUCCCUAAGCUUCAGGACCUGGACAUCUACUCCCGUGGUCGCUUCGGCAGCUGGCGAUACGAGGUUGGCAACCAGGACCACUCAUUUAUGUUGGGUGUCGAGGCCGCAGACCACAUCGUCAACGGUGCUGUUGAGCUUACGCUCAACUACCCUGACUUCGUCAACAGCCGCCAAAACACUGAGCGUCGUCUUGACCAAGGUCCUCUGGCUGCUAAGAAGAACGGUACUUCUCUACCCUCCCGCUCGAAGUAAAGGUUUAUCUAGAUGCGAGGAAUGACCCGGAGGCACACGCAUUCUAUUGAAUUUAUGGUAAUAGAUAUUAGAAGAACUAAAAAGUUUUUCGUUGAGAGCUACAUAGAGUGUAGUUAUUCAUGUUUGACGAGUGCGAAGGUGGCGGGAUACUCUAACGAUUCUGACUUGAUCUUGCAAUAACGAGAUGGCACCAAAAGCCGAUGUUGCUAGGUUGCCCAAAGGAUUUUAAUGAAUAGAAAUAAACUUAUGAGCUUACAA